AGUAAACCUGAGGUAAGCAUCCGAUGUUCUUUCUCAUUUUCUUUACAUAAGCUUCUAAUAUAAUAUUUCAUUUUCUCCUCAAUAAUGAAGAUGGUGAAGCUGUUGCUUCCAUAUAUGGGAGUGAAUGAAAGGAACAGUAAAGGCUUGACAGCUUUGGACAUGUUCAACCAUCGCCAAUGUCAAGGUUUGGUAGAUGCAGCAGUUGGGGACAUUCUACUUGCUAGUGAAGCUAAAACUGCAUCUCAACUCCAUCGUCCUUCACAAAAAAGUUCACUAGUCGAGAAGUUGUCAGGUGGCUUAUCGUAUUUAGAAAAUAUUCGGCUAAUCUCUGGUCUGGAUUACCGAUACGUUGAUGAAAUUCCUCUUGAAACCCGAAACAUACUACUUGUGGUAGCUGUAUUGGUAGUCACAGCCACCUAUCAAGCUGCAUUGAGCCCCCCCGGAGGAUUUUGGCAAGAUAACUCCAAUCCGCAGCCAGCAGCCAACAACGCUAGCACAGAGCCUUCUGAACACCAAGCAGGGAAAAUGAUUCUGAGGUCUCAAGGCCAACUAACAUUUUUGACAGCUAAUUGUCUAGCUUUUUUUACGUCUUUGUGCAUGAUUUCGGCUCUCGUAGUUGGGCUUCCAUUUGAAAAUUUCAGUUUGGCAAUGAUAGGUUGCAUGGCAGCUUCGUAUUAUUCUUCUAUGCGUGAAACUGUGGACUUCACCAAAUGGCCCCUUGCAGAGUUUCUGCUUUCCACUUGUCUGGCUGCAGGUGUUGUUGCAGCAUUUGUUUUUAACCGUUUGGUAAGCAAACCUUAA